UGUUGCCCGAGGGCCCUGCUGUUUGGGCUGAAGCCACACCCACUGGUGAGACAACACCUCAGAGAGAGGAACUCACCUCACAACUAACAUCACCAAAUACAGCACACACAUGCACCAUCACACACAUUCACAAACACACUCUGAACCCUUAACACAUAUUGGAGCGAACGUCUUGACGAUAUAAGAACGCCGGCUGUGGACCGUGGGGCAGCUCUCUGUGGCGUUAAUACCCUGGAGAGGACACCAUUGCUACAACCAGAGCAGAAAACGAGCAUUAGUAUCAAGAUGGAGACUGCUCAGGAACGCAAGCCAAAAAGACCCCACUACAUUCCCCGACCGCCGGGCAAGCCCUUCAAGUACCAGUGUUUCCAGUGUCCUUUCACCUGCAAUGAAAAGUCCCAUCUCUUCAACCACAUGAAAUACAACUUGUGCAAAAACUCAAUCUCCCUCAUGUCACAGAAAAACGGGCAAACCGCUCGACAGGUCAAGGCUGUAGCAAAGGGGGUCCCUGUCAAAUCUAAAGAUUGCCCAAGCCCCCCGCAAGCAGUUCAGAACAACAGUCCUGAGAGACAGGGAGCCGAGGAGAGCAAAGCCGAGAACAUAGAAGACAUAGAAGAAGUGGAUGUUGGGUGUGACAGUCCAGUCAACAAGGACUGCCAGAAUGUGACAAAACCAAAUACAGUUACAGAGAAAGAGAACAAGGAGAGCAGCGAGGCCAAAUCUCUGCCGCGCCCAUCUGCUUUCUCCCCCGUCACACCCAACCAUGACGGAGCAGAUGCCUUCAAGUCAUCUGUGCAGCAGUCAGAGGAUUCGCAAACUCCUGCUCCCACUUUCAACUACCCAGGCUUCCCAUGGGGUGCGAUUUCAUCAUCUGUUCCCUUAAAAGCAUUACACCCCCCAAUGGUUCCUGAAUACUCUACAUAUCUCCUGCCUGAUCGCCCCCUUUAUCCAUCGUACUACCUCCCAGGAAAUCACCACGCCAAUGAGCCAAACUCUCCUUCUUUCCAGCCAGAGUUUGUGGAUCCCCAGAGGCCUGUGGUGCCGCAGCCCAUUGCCCCACCUCACACUUCUCUUUUUCCUCCGUACUCAUACAGAUACUGCCACCCUCUUCACCCGCCCCCUCCUCUGCAUUAUACCCUUUACAGACCGCAUGAGCUCUCCAUGCCAAUUUCAGGACCAAGAUAUAUUCCCUUGGAUUUGUACGGCCAGACCCUUGGGCCCAAGGAUUAUGACUUAUACAUGCACUUACACAACAGACAUAACAGCCUCAAUGCAUCUACACAAGAGCAGAACAACCACGGGCAAAGUGGAGACAAGGCAACCAGGCUCAGCCCUAAAGAGGGUUGUUCAGCCUUGGGGUCCCCUGACAGACCCAGCCAUGCACACAUCAUCCAGAAAGACACAGAGGCCUUGCACCACACCAGCACAGGUGAUUCACAGACAACUGCCCAGUUAGGACACACAACUACAGUUGUGCAACCCAUCAAACCUGAUAUAAGACAAGAGGAGUCUGCUGAAAGUUUGCUGCAGUUAAGAAGUCUGCAAGAGGAUGGAAGGUCAGCUGAGAGCAGCAGAUAUUCCUCCUCUUCUGUCUCUGAGACAUGUCCUGACACAACGUCAGAGCAAGAUGAUGAGGACAGCAGUGAAGAUCUGGCUCCCCUCAACCUCUCGACAAGAAAACCAGAUAACAAAAAAAGUCCAUCUGGCCAUAGACUGAGGUGCUCAGACACAGAGAAAUUAAAAGGGGAUGAGCUGCCUCUGAACCUCAGUCUCCGAGCUUCUCAGACCAGCCCUUUGGAUCUGGAUGAAGAGCCAUGUGACCAGAGGCAGACUGCAGCACUGGCACUCUGUCAGCUAGCCAUUGCAAGCUCUGCUGCCUCCUCAUGUGACUUCAGCACUGCAGGCGAGCCCUCAAAGGAUCCCACAGAUGCUAGAAGUCCUGGUUCUCCAGAGAAGACCAAGCACACAACCAAGGCUAAGGCAACUGGCAUGAAAAGAGUAAACAGUGGCCAGGCUGAAAACAACUGCCAUAAACCAAACAAGAGAGUGAAAUCUUCAGGACGGGUUCUGAGGCGGAGGCCUCGUUGAUGCUCAUGACUAAACUCUGACUGUUAUAAUACUUGGUAAUAAGGAUGGAAUAUCUCCCACCUUUACUGCUGCAAGCCUAAACAUGAAAAGAUCAAAGUUUUGUAUAUUAAUCUUAAAUGAUAAUUACGCACUGAAAUAUUUUACUCUAGCAGGAGCAGAUGUGACAUGUCUACAGAACUGCCACCUGUCACUUGUUAAAUGCAAAGACUUGUUGUCACAGGUAUGUAAAUAUUAUGUGUUGUUUUCACACUUGAUUAGAAGAGGUGAUAAGCAUUUUUUAAUCUGGACAUUUUUGUAAUAGAGAAAGUUAUUGGAAGAUGUGCACUGUAAAUGUAAAUAUUUUAAAUAAAGAAGUAAGGAAAACUGA